CUUCGUUCUUUAUACUACCACUCUCAUUAAGUCUUUCUUUGCGCUACUAGAACUUCUGUGGUCUUGCAUGGUAUCUGCGCGCGCUCGCCGGCGCACCGAUAACAGGUCUACCAGAAACAAGAAGUCUCUUGAGGAUGGACAAGAAUACCGCGCAAGACUGCGUGCCUUAGACCGUGAUGAGCACGCCGCUCAAUCGUCCAGUCCGCGGCGUCAUCGUUCACCAGCACGAGACUCCAUGGCCGAGUCCAAUAAGGAGAACAGCAUCGAAGAACGAGGAUUCUCGCCAUCGUCACCUGCGUCAAACUCGCAGAGACAAGUAGCACAUGAUGCUACAUCUGGAACUUCGAGCAGGCAAAGAACGCCGCAGCUCUCUUCUUCGGGCCUCGAGUCAUGGCAGACACAAGGCCUAACUAGACGGCAAAUCAGUCAGCGUGCUCGACGUCUACGCGAAAAAGAGCAGCGCGCACGGAUGACUGCGCAUGAAUCUGAGAAGCGGACCACUCAUUCAAAGGAGGCCAUUCGACGUAGUCGGAAACUUCGAGACCGUCAUUGUGAAUCUGCCUCUCGCGCCUCUGAUCCCGCACCAGUGGCACAUGCUGAUGAAGCAGACUCACAAGUACCCCCUGCACGUCGCACAUACGUGGAACGCUCCGUCCAGCUGCACACGCUCGGACGGAUGGACGUCGAAUGCUCCAUCUGCGGCGCACUGCAUUGGCUGGAUGAGCGUCUGAGCAAGUCUACUGCAACAAGCCCACGUUUUGGUUUCUGCUGCGACAGCGGGCGUGUGCUCCUCCCCGCUCUCCCUCCUCCACCGCCACUCCUACGUCAGCUCCUCUCCGGCAACGAUUCAGCAGCUCGCGAGUUUCGGACACAUAUCCGUCAGUACAACGCUGCAUUGUCUUUCGUCUCCCUCGGUGUCAGGGUCCAGGAGUCAAUCAAUGACGGGCGUGGCCCAUAUGUCUUCCGUAUACACGGUGAGCUUCAUCAUUUGAUGGGCUCCCUUCUUCCCGUCCCCGGUGUUACCCCGUCGUACGCCCAGCUGUAUGUUUACGACCCGGACGAAGCACUGCAAGUCCGCGUCCAUCGGAAUCCGAACCUUUCUGCCGACAUUCUCACAUCUCUCGAGUCCUUGCUGCGUGUCCAUCACCGCUAUGCCGCCGUCUAUCAGCACGCCCAUGAGAUUCUUACCAGGGAAGAGAGCGAUGAUGCUCUACUUUGUCUGCGCUUUGAUCCCGCAACAGAUCGACGCCGAUACAACCUCCCCACAGUUGAAGAACUUGCUCUCAUCAUUCCGGGAACAGGGGAGGAGAUUCACCACUCUCGCGACAUCGUGCUUCGCAAACGAUCUGGGCUUCUCGAGCGCAUCAGCGACUGUCAUCCGGCGUAUGCAUGCCUUCACUAUGUCCUCCUCUUCCCAUCAGGCACCCAUGGGUGGCAUUCAAACAUCCCCAUGCGGGCCGUGUCCUCUCUGUCUAGACCUUCAGAUGACGGUGAAGUAGCGGCGUCUGAGUCCUUGGAUGAUGCCCGUUCGUCGAGU